AUGGUUAAAUCAAGAUCUGCACAUGAUAUUGAUGUGAGAUUGCAUGAUUCCCUUGUACCUGUAACUAAUAAUUGCGUUGAUACUGUGUGUAUUGAGAAAGUCGUAGAGUUUGUCGGUUGCAAACUUGCGGCAGCUCCUGACUUCUUUCAUAGAGUGGUUUGGUUGAACUCAAUCCUUGUUGAUCCUGGUGGACCAAAGAUCUCUUCCAGCUCCAAAGGUUUAUUUAUUGUUGGUAAAUGUCUGAAAUUUGCAGAAGAAUUUAGACGUAAUGAUGAUAAGAAAGGGUUUAAGAGGUUGGGUGGUAAUUCUGUUGGCACAGUUAAUUCAACUAUGAAGGGAAUAGAAUGUCCUAUGGAUACUUCCCUCUCUACCGAUGAUUCAAGUAGUAAUGAGGAAAAGAGGUCCGUCUUUGAUGGAACUGAUGACUCUAUUGGUCUGAAUCUUGAUCAUAAUGCUAGUGUUGUUGUUUUGCUGCUUAGUGAUAGUUCGAGUGGUGUGUGGGACACAUUGGCAUGUAAUUCUGAUCAUUUUGGUGGACCUGAUAAUACGAAUGGGAUAAUCAGUGAGGGUGAUUUCUUGAUUUAUGCUGAUGCGAGACUUGGUGACGAUGAUAGACUAACUAAGUCAUGGCCUGAAGUAGCGACUGGUUUUCAAGGUAGCACUUAUUUAAGACGAUUGGUCCGUCCUAUCUGUUUAAUUCUUGAGGACAAGAAUUAUUUUAGCGAAGAAGGAUGUGUCAAACCUCAGCUGCAAAAUCGAAUGGUUGCUGACACCAUUGUUAUCUAUGGGGAUCAUGUGAAGAAGCAGCUCACUACUGGCUUUUAUGGUAAUGAGUCUUUAAAGAUAACUGAUAUCACAAUUCGGAAAUUAAUUGCUGAAGAUGAUGGGUUUAUCAGUGUCACAAAUAAUGUUCUUAAAGUGGCUGCAAUUUCCAGAGCCUUUGCACUCGUCUGUAGCAAGUACUGGAAUAUAAAAUUAGAUGAUUGUCCUGUAUCUGCACUGGGUGUUGCAGCAGAGAUGAGGACACCACUUGACAGUACUAUUUGGGCAGUGAUUGGAUGGGACUGUUAG